ACAGCAGUACGGGCUCGUGUGUGUGUCAGGAACAAAGAGAUCGCACAGUGAUGUCCUCUGGGGGUUGUGGUGAAACGUUAAACAAACAGAGGGAUAAAACCAGGGGUCAGGGACCACAUCAUAGUCUACUAGACUGUCCUGAAGCAUCUAAGAGUCCAGGGAUGAGAGCUCUGCUGCUCUCUGCUUUGCUGCUCUUGGGGGCAGCCUGGUUUACCCAGGCUGCUGAAGAGUCCUGUGUUGGGCGAUGUUUGGAUGGAUUUGAUAUUAAAAGCAAAUGUCAAUGUGAUAACUUGUGUAUAUAUUACAAGAGCUGCUGCCAUGACUACAUUUCAGUCUGCAAACCAAAAGAAACGCGGGGUGAUGUUUUUGCCAUUCCUGAAGAUGAGUACAAUUAUGAUACCUUUAAUGAUACCUCGGAUCAAGAUUGGUUGAUUCAGGCUACAACAUCACCAGAUGAGCAUGCAGAAUCUGCACACACUACACCCACGUAUGUGACACCCACAGAGGAGCCGUCUGUAACAGAAGACACCCCUGAGGAACUUUGUAGUGGGAAACCCUUUGAUGCUUUCACUAACUUUAAAAAUGGUUCUGUCUAUGCUUUCCGAGGAAAAUACUUUUAUGAACUGGAUGAUAAACGUGCGCUGGAUGGAUACCCCAAACUCAUAAAGGAUGUGUGGGGUAUAGAAGGUCCAAUAGAUGCAGCAUUCACUCGCCUAAACUGCGAGGGGAAGACCUAUAUUUUUAAGGGUACGCAAUAUUGGCGGUUUACUGACGUGACCAUGGACUCUGGAUUCCCCCGUGCCAUCGAUGAAGGGUUUUCAAACAUCCCAGACAAUAUUGACGCUGCCUUCUCUCUACCAGCCAAUAAUUAUGAAGGCAGUGAAAAGGCGUACUUCUUUAAAGGUAGUCGGUAUUGGCAGUAUGAAUUCAAAAAUCAACCUACCAUGGAAGAGUGUAUGACCUCAUCCCCAUCUGAGCGAUUCACGCAAUAUGUAAUGAUCCAGUAUGACAGCUUGGAACAAGAUCUUGACUUUAUCUUUGGAGGGUGGUUUAGAGACAGCUAUGAAGUUCAUCGCUCUAUAAGCAGAGACUGGAAAGGUGUUCCAAAUGGAAUUGAUGCUGUGCUGCUGAGCAGAUUAUACGUGCCUAAAAAGAAAAAAACUGCUUUACGACGUAGUAAGAGGCGAAAGAACAAUAAAAGAAAGAACCGCAAGAGAAAACCAAGCUGGAGUGAUGGAUUUGACAUACUAGAUGACCUUUUUGGCUACAAUUAUGAUUAUGAUGACGAGUAUGAUCCCGAUUGGGUUCCUCCUGAAAGUCCUCCAAAAUGCCAGCCAGUGCAAAGUGUUUACUUCUUUAAAAAAGAUAAAUAUUACCGCGUAAACCUCCAGACAAAGCGCGUGGACCGUGUCUCUCCUCGAUACCCAAGAUCCAUUGCAGAAUACUGGUUGGGGUGCAAAUCUUCUAAGGAGAAGAAGACAAGAGGAUAAUAUUUUCUAUAGUGAUAUUUUCUAUAAAACAAGAAUAACAUGCAAUUAUUUCUGGAAUUUUACAUAUUGUAUUUCUAUCAUAGACAGAACUUUAGGUCUCAAAUAAGCCACAGGUGUUUGUGAAGAUAGGAUGUAAUGUAUGUGAUAUUUUAAGGCCAAUAAAAGCAUGAACCUUCCAUCUCCAAGCAUAUUAAAGGAUCA